AUGGCAGCUUGGCUCACUGCUGAAUACCUGGAAGCGGCACUGCGUUGUUAUUACCAGAACAACGAACUUCGAGUGGAAUCAAUGUUUAUAAAUCCCGCUCUAGGGAAAGGAGAAAACUAUGGUGCUAUCCUAACACGCAUACACCUUGUGUACAGCAGCAAAGUCGAGGAACAUCUGAUUGCCAAGUCUGUUCUAGAGAAUGAAGACGCGGAGACGAGAAAAAAGAAAGCACCAUAUGAUAUUUACAAUCGGGAACUGGAGAUUUACGAGCAGGUGUUGCCAAAAUUACAGGAACUAGCCGGUGAGCAACUAUGUCCUAAAGUAUUCCAUAUCGAUCGUCAAAGAGGAGCACUCAUAAUGGAAGAUCUGACCUACAAGGGAUUUGUGAUGGCCCCGAGACUUCAGAGAUUGGAUGAGCAGCAUGUCAGUUUGGUUCUUAGGAAGUUGGCCAAAAUGCAGGCGGCAUCAGCGGUUUUGGAGAGCAAUCUUUUGGAAAGAGCCUUCUCUCUCACUAAAUACGAUAAAGGCUUCUUUAAUAGGUAUACCGAAAGCUUUAGUGCCUACUUUCUGGGCUGCCUUAAGUCCUGUGCCAAUUACCUUAAAACUCAGGCCGGUUAUGAACACCAUGCUAAACUAUUAGACGAACUGGUUCCCUAUUAUAUGGGACUGGGACUCCGCUGUUUUCAGCCCGAGCAGCCGCACAUUAAUGUUCUUACUCACGGCGACUUGUGGACAAACAACAUGAUGUUCAAAUACGAGGCGGGCGUGCCGAGCGAUGUCCUUCUGAUUGACUUCCAGUACGCGUUCUGGGGUUCGCCCACCCUGGACAUCCAUCAUCUGCUCAACACGUCGGCUGUGGAGCAAGUGCGGAGUGAGCUGCAAAUGAAGAUGAGAGGUGUCUAUCACGAUGUCUUCGUGGGGGAGCUGCAGAGACUUGGCAUCAAAGGUCAAAGGUUGCCCAGUCGAAAGCAGUUUCACCUGGAGUCAGAGCAAAAACGGUUUUACGCUGUUCAUUGUGGCCUGCUGCUGCUACCUGUGCUGCUAAACACCGAUGAAACUGAUGCGGAUUUCGCCGCCCUUCUUUCGGAUUCGCCGCGUGGAAUGAAUAUGAAACGGCGGCUGUAUCUCAACCCUGGCAUCCAGGACUCUAUUAAGCAAAUGGUGAAGCAAUUCGAGCUGGAAGGGCUCCUGGAUCCGUGGCAAUACGAAGGCCUCUGAACCUGGUGGAAGCGGAUUUUCAGCUUUUUUCAUAAACUCCCCCCAUUAGACAUUUCAAUUAGACGAGCUAAUAAACAUAAAACAUGGCAGCCACAGCCGCAGGCAUUUUAAAGCCAGCCGUCAGAAGCUUUUGAAUUAUGAACCGAGUUGGAACUCGUGGAAAAUAUAAGGAGAAAAAGGCCGAAACGAAAACACAUUCAGCUGGCCUAGACAAAAGCGCAACACAUUUAGCUGCUGUGGAAAUGGAAAAAUGGAAAGUCGGAGGCGGCGAAUGGAGGGGCGAGAAUAGUUACACACAUUUUUUGAAUUGUUUAGCAUUUUGAAUGAGUGAAUGAAUGGAAGCCAUGCGGAGCUGUGAGUGCGUGUCUGCCGCAGAAAAUGGUUCUGAAAAGAAAUGGAAAAUGUGAAUUUUGAUGUGGAUGUGGAUAAACGAAAAGUCGGACUAAAUGGGGUAUUCUGCGCGUGCUCCUGGCCUCUGCCUAAUUAAAACUUUGGCGCGAAAUGGUGGGCCAAGCUGUUGGAAAAUAACAAAAUUAUGACGUGUUUGCCGCUGGAGCUGCUUUUUUCACAACUGCAUUAAAGCUGAGUGCAAUUAGGCUAAGCUAUGCCAUUUAGCCCGGCCUGCGCCAAAAACUAGGCAACAGUUUAUUAUACUUAAUGGAGAAGAGGAAAACCGGUGCAAUUUCUAUAAGAAAAACAAGAAUUGAGAUGAUUCAAAAAUAUUAAUUUUUAAAUGUUCUAUACAGGAUACUAUACAAACAUUGUUAAAAAAAAUUUCUCUACCAUUACCAAUUCUUGGUUUUU